ACGGCUCCCGGCUCCCGGUUGCCUGCGACAGCUCCUGUGGUGGCGGAUCGGGACGCGACGCGGGAUGGAGCCGGACGGGCGGGACUCCGUGGCCGCGUGGUGGCACAUGGUCGUGCGGAACCUGCGAUCUUUCCCACACUCCUGUUCCACACUCGGAAGGAAAAUUGCCACUCUGUGUGACAGCUUUACAAGUAAAUCAUUAAAAGAACAGAUUUGCCCUCCUCUGAUGCACAUGCUGAUUUUUGUAAACUUUUUCAAAGCACCAUUUCUUGUGGAUUUAAAGAAACCAGAGCUGAAGAUUCCUCACACGGUGAACUUCUACAUCAAAGUCGAACCUGGGGUAAUUCUGGGAAUCUGGCACACAGUUCCCAGCUGCCGGGGAGAGGAUGCUAAGGGGAAGGGCCGGAGCUGGUAUGAAGCAGCCCUCUGUGAUGGCAACCCAAUUAUUGUUUAUCUUCAUGGCAGUGCACAACACAGGGCAGCUUCUCAUAGACUCAAACUAGUAAAGGUGCUGAGUAAUGGCGGCUUUCAUGUCUUGUCUGUUGACUACAGAGGGUUCGGGGACUCGACGGGUACACCCACGGAGGAUGGACUGACUGCAGAUGCAGUUUGUGUCUAUGAGUGGACCAAGGCGAGAAGUGGUACCACCCCUGUGUGCCUCUGGGGCCACUCUCUGGGGACAGGAGUUGCAACAAAUGCUGCAAAAGUUCUAGAAGAGAAGGGAUUCCCAGCUGAUGCAAUUAUCCUGGAAGCUCCAUUUACCAACAUAUGGGUUGCAAGUAUCAAUUAUCCCUUGUUAAAGAUUUACCGGAAACUUCCAGGAUUUUUAAAGUCAGUUAUGGAUUCCCUGAGGAAAGACAAACUAGUCUUCCCCAAUGAUGAAAAUGUCAAAUUCCUGUCUUCUCCUCUUCUCAUCAUACAUGGUGAGGAUGACAAAACGGUACCUUUGGAAUUUGGAAAAAAGCUCUAUGAAAUUGCCCACAAUGCAUAUAGGAACAAAGAGAGGGUGAAGAUGGUGAUCUUUCCUCCUGGCUUCCGACACAACUCCCUUUGUAAAAGCUCUGCCCUGUUACAUACCGUGAGAGAUUUCCUGAGCCAGCAGUGGGCGUGAAGUCAGAACAGCAGAGAGCGAAGACUUCGUCUGGACACCAGCUGUGAUGUGAACUUUUUAUGUAAAACUGUAUUGGGCUGCUUGAGUGAGCUGAACUUACUGACAUUUUUAUAAGUCACCUGCCAUUUUAGUAAGGGAAAGAAAGCAUGGAUGUUGGGUAUUAUGGGAUGUUCUCAUUUAUCUUAUCAUAGUCUCCUUUGGGGAACAUGCAAGAACAUCACCAUGAAGGAUGAGAAUUUGGUAAAAAUUUGAUCCCAUCUAAAAAUGUACAGUUACCCACAUUCUGAGGAUAUUUGUGGAUAAGGUGGUCUUUGAUUUGGACCUAGACAGCAGUAUAAGAAAGAUGCUCCAAUAGUUAAAUAAUUUGUAUUUCAGUUUAGUUAAUUUAAAAGGCAUUAAAAAGCUCCAAGCUGUUUUCUAGCCUUCCGAAUAGCACUGGGGAAAGUCCUAGUCUGAUCCCUAAUCUUCUACAAAAUAGAGAGAUAUGGCACUCAUAUAGCCUUUGAAGUGACACUUUAUUAGCCCUAGCAGAGUCAUACACUUUCCCUCCCAAUUCCCAGAGAUAC